CGGUGCUUUCCCCCUCCCUGCACAUCGCUGCAGAUGUGCUCUCAUCCCGCGUCAUAACAAACGAUUACUAUUUCAAAGUCGAUGUAGACUUCGCCCUCUUUUUCUUGAUUCUUCUCAUUCCACCUUUCUUACCCUCUUUCAGCCGGCGUCAUACCAAACUGCUCACGCCGCGUGCCUUCUUUGUCUGUUCCUGACCUCAUAAACAGUGUUCACUCGUCGCUUCUGCACACGCUUGACUCCUCAUUCGAUCGAAUAGCACAUACCACACACCACAGAACACAACCACACCAUGGAGCCACCAUUGCCUCAACCGCCUGCCAGCGAAACCUCUCAGUUCUACAGCUCGGCCACCCGUCCCGUCCGUGUCGGUUCCUUGCUCCUCCAAUCUGUCGCCGUUACAGUACCAACGUUCUCAAAGGAACUCGACCUGGGAUCGAUAGCCAACCCUCAGAAACACUCGACCAUCAAGCAAUAUCUCUUUGCGUCUCUUCUUUUCAAGCCCCUCGCUGCACUCUUACUCGACUGCUUCUCGUUGGUAUUCUUGUCCGCAUGGGUCAGGGGCUCGGUUGGCAAGGGCAACAGUUCUGGACUUGUUAUCUAUGCCCUGGCAACAACUGGAUCGUUGGCGAUUGUGGCCUAUGGAGGAUGGAGGGCGAGUCAGGUGCUGAAAAAGGGGCAUAUCCAGGCCAUCUUUGUGAACAGGGAGGCCUACCGAUGGGUGUGUCUGAAGAGUCGGGAUAGGUUCUUCUUCUUCGAGAGGGUCGGACAAGGAUAUGGACAAAGGGAUGCACUUGCUUUCUUUGCUUGGUUCACACUCCGCGAUUGGAUGCAACAUUUGCUUUGCGACCUGCCUCGUCUCGUCAUCAACUCGACUAUUCUCGCCCAGGUCGCCCACCAGCGUUCGUUGAUCAGCAGAGGUCUGCAACUUGGUUCAGUUCCUGGGCGCCUUGGUCGUCCUGCUCCUUGUGCGCAUGGGCAAAUUGGUAGCGCUGAGAAAGGACGAGCACCUCCAUACGUACUGCCAGAGGAAUCUGAACGUCAGAAUCGUCCGCCUUUACAAACUCGCCAAAUCGGGAACAACAGCACCGCUUCGGGAGAACAAUCAACUGGAGCAGCAGAUGAAUCAAUACAGAAUGGAUGAAGAGGGCGGGAUUGAUCUCUCGCUUGCAGCACUGGCUUGGGACACCGAGACUCAGGACGAUCAUGUUGAUUACAACCACUAUGCGUACAGACCAAGGCCUAUGACGAACACUCCGUCCUCACGUACGGGACAGCCUGCAAUGGAAGAUAGAAGAGGGUUCUAUGAUGAUGAGAGGAUAGAGAUGACGGAAAAAUUGCCAUCGUCGCUUUCUUCGCCAGCCCCGGUACCGGGGACGUUCUCGUAUGCGCAGAUGCAGCAUUUGGAGCUGCAACGACAAAAAUAUGGCGACAAUAAGGAGCUGUACGAGACCAUGGAAUGGAGGCCGU